AGUUGCUGCCAAUACCACCACCGCCUUCUCUGAGUGCAGUUCAGCUGCCUCUUCAGUCUCUUGGUCACUUCACAGGGCAGCAGAACACUUCGACUCUGCACCCCUGACUGUGGUCAAUAAUGGGGAAGCCAGGUUUCUGUAGCGUGCUUUGGACUGUUCUGUGUCUCUUAGCAUGUCUCUCAGUAUCUGUUGCCAGAAACAUUGCGGACAAGAAGAUCAGUGACCCAGUUAAGGUCUCGGAAUCCACACCAACCCUUGACUUCAUUGUGGAGAAGGAAAUUGUUCAUGAAAACUUACCUCAAGAUCCUCUUAGUGCCCUAGCCAAGAUGGUUUUGAGGCACUACACCCCAUCCACACAGGAAGACAUAGCAUAUGAUGUGGCCUCACCGUACACAACAUCUGACCCAGCAACACAGGAAAAGAGGUACAAAAAUGACCCAGCCACACAGGACGAAGGGUACACAAAUGACCCAGCCACACAGGACGAGGAUUACGCAUAUGACCCAGCCACACAGGACGAGGAUUACACAUAUGACGAAGAAUACUCAGAUGACGCAGGCGAACAGGACGAGGUGUAUGCAGAAGACGAGAGGUAUGCAAAUAACAUAAAGGCACAGGAUGAGAAAAACUUAGAAAACAUGGAUGACGAUGAAAUCGCUGCACAUGACAAGGCUAUACAGGAGAAGGCAUUACUAGAACAUAUGAUUGCUCAGGAAGAGGCCAUCGCACUUGAAGAGGCCAACGCACAUAAAGAGGCCGACGCAAAUGAAGAGGCCAACGCACAUGAAGAGGCCGACGCAUAUGAAGAGGCCGACGCACAUGAAGAGGCCAACGCACAUGAAGAGGCCAACGCACAUGAAGAGGCCGACGCACAUGAAGAGGCCAACGCACAUGAAGAAGCUGACGCAUAUGAAGAGGCCGACGCAUAUGAAGAGGCCGACGCACAUGAAGAGGCCGACGCACAUGAAGAGGCCAACGCACAUGAAGAAGCCGACGCAUAUGAAGAGGCCGACGCAUAUGAAGAGGCCGACGCACAUGAAGAGGCCGACGCACAUGAAGAGGCCGACGCACAUGAAGAGGCCGACGCACAUGAAGAGGCCAACGCACAUGAAGAAGCCGACGCAUAUGAAGAGGCCGACGCAUAUGAAGAGGCCGACGCACAUGAAGAGGCCGACGCACAUGAAGAGGCCGACGCACAUGAAGAGCCCAACGCACAUGAAGAAGCCGACGCAUAUGAAGAGGCCGACGCAUAUGAAGAGGCCGACGUACAUGAAGAGGCCGACGCACAUGAAGAGGCCGACGCACAUGAAGAGGCCGACGCACAUGAAGAGGCCAACGCACAUGAAGAGGCCAACGCACAUGAAGAGGCCGACGCAUAUGAAGAGGCCGACGCACAUGAAGAGGCCGACGCACAUGAAGAGGCCGACGCACAUGAAGAGGCCGACGCAUAUGAGGAGGCCGACGCAUAUGAAGAGGCCAACGCACAUGAAGAGGCCAACGCACAUGAAGAGGCCAACGCACAUGAAGAGGCCGACGCAUAUGAAGAGGCCAACGCACAUGAAGAGGCCGACGCACAUGAAGAGGCCGACGCAUAUGAAGAGGCCAACGCACAUGAAGAGGCCAACGCACAUGAAGAGGCCGACGCAUAUGAAGAGGCCGACGCAUAUGAAGAGGCCGACGCACAUGAAGAGGUCAACGCACAUGAAGAGGCCGACGCAAUCCAAGUCAUGGGGAAACCACGACCACGAAAGCAACCAAGAAAACUACGACCAUUGCCAUUCCCCAAAACCAGGCCCUACAAACCUUCCUACAGCAGCACCGCCACUCGAGUCAGAAGCAUUAAACCCAUCAAUGAGAGCAGGACAAUGAAUCCCAUGACAUGCCCGCCAAUGCCAUAUCCUGGUAUGCCCUACGAAACCAUGUGCGCUUAUCCGAACCCUAACAUUUGUUGCAUACCCAGUGGUGACUACGUAAACUCCUUCCAACCUAACUACCAAUACCCAUACUUAAGUAAUGCACGCAUCUCAAUGACAGCCCAAGAUUCUCCCUCAAAUGAUGCCAUGCCCACUACCAACCUGAAGGACAAUACCCCAGCAGAUGAUGUCACUUUAGAGAACAGCCAACAUGAUGACAUAACUUCAGGCAAACCCCCAUCUGAUUCCAUUUCACCAGAGGAUACCUCAUCAAGUCAUGUCCCUUCAGAUUUUACCCCAUCAGAUGACACAUCCUCUGACCAUAUUUCAUCAGGUUAUCGUUUCUCACGGAGUCCCCCAAAUGGAAUCCUCUCAAUGAAGAAGGAAUUAUGGACUACUGUCAAUCCGUAUAAAUUGAUUCCAACAUCACAUUACAAGAUGGCCAAGAAUGUUCAGCUUCCGCCAUCGGACGGCAUUGCACCAGAGAGCAAUUAGCAGCGGGACAUGGCGUCAGGAUAUGAAUAGCAGCAGGAAAUCUCAGUGCAAUAAUUCCCUUGAGGUUACAUCCUAUAUAGUGCACUUGGCCAAACAAGAUCUCAUUAAGCAACACCCAGCCAGGGAAUAUCUAGAAACAUCAGUUUGAGAACAUUCCAUACCAGAAAACAUCACAAGAAUUUGUCUCACAUCAGCUUAUUUAUGUUGAAUAUUCAUAUUCAGAUCUUCCUACAAGAAGAUACAGAUUGUGACCACUGAGACCCAUUGUUAUUAUAAAUCUAAUCAUGUCUGUAACCAUCUCAUCAAACAUUACUGAUAGAGAACAAGUUCUUAGAAAUCUGUUUAUCCUAUACCCUUGAUUGUAAUUAGCAACUUUAGGGACUCCACGGGCAGUUUUCAGAUAAACUGUGAUAUGAGCUUUUCCUCUGUUCAUAGUCAUCCCGUCAGACACAUUUUUGCCAGGACAAAAUUUUAGAAACCAUUUUUCCAACAGCCUUGAGUGGUUUUGGCAGCUUCAACAGGUUAAAGAUCAUUCUUGGCUGCAUUAAAGCCGGCAACCCCGAUCCUCUGUGCCCUGUUGAGUAUACUCCAGGUGGAAGGUCUGCCUCCAUUUAUUUUCCUUGUGUGUGCUACUUGAGGUCUGUAUCUAUAUAAUAUUAAUAAAGGGAUAUCAAUGGUGAGA